UUUUCGUCUCUUUCAAGACUUUGUCCCUGGUCGCUUACAAUUAUUCUAUAGUGAGUGGUCGGCGGUACGCGAGUUGCUGGAAUGGCCGCUGAGGAGAAUGCGGUGUUCACCGCUUUGGGCUUGAACCAGGCUGAAGUGCCCUAUCUGGGUACAUUGGACGUGAAUGAAACAGAGGAUGAGUUGGGUCGAGGCUCAUUUGCUGUGGUGUACAAGUCCAAAUGGUGUGGAUUGAAGGUGGCCGCAAAGGCACUUCAUUCUAUCCUGAUUGAUCGAAGAAACCAAGGACGCGACGUCGUACUGCAUGAUUUUGGAGCAGAGAUUGCACGCAUGGCACGUCUUCGCCACCCACAUCUGUGUCCCAUUUUCGGCGUGGGCAUGGUCGGAACAACUCCAGCCAUUGUGGUGGAAUUGAUGUCCGACACACUGGAAACAAUGAGCGUUGGUGCACGCAGACAGGACUUGCUUCAGCUGAUGCGCUACAUCGAACACACUGCUGCAGGUCUUCGCUACUUGCACUCCAUCCCGAUGGUGCAUCGCGACUUGAAGCCAAGCAAUGUCCUCGUUGCCAAUAGUGUGGCCAAAAUCACGGAUUUCGGCGUCUCCAAGCUACUGCCUAGCGUUGCCGAUCAGUUCCGUGAAGCCGCUCAGUCCAUGACCCGACAGCCUGGUACACCGUUAUUCAUGCCGCCAGAGGCGUUGCAAGAGACGGAAUCUGGCCGAGCAAGGUACGAUCUUUCGCUUGACGUCUUUUCGUUCGGAGUGACGGCAAUGAGCGUGCUGAGCGGUGUGAUGCCCUCCAUUGAGCUCAUGUUCGCACCAAGAUCGCGCCAGGCAGCUGACGGCAGCCACGUCGCUAUACCCGAGCUGGAGCGGCGACGCGCGGAGUUUGCUCGCAUCCCUGACGGCCACCCGCUGAAGGACCUGCUGAGACGCUGUCUUGCUGACCCACCGGCCCGUCGACCAGAUGCAGAGGAGAUUCACGAAUUCGUCCAGGGUGUUGUUCAGUUCUUGUCCUCAUUGCCGCAGACUGCAUCUCCACUGGAAGAAUCUAUGGGUGCUUCUGCAGGCCUCGUUACCACUAUACUCGACACUGUGAGAAGUGUGUCAACUGCCGUACGGGAUCUCUCCACAUCUCAGCAGCAACUAGGUACCAGGUUGGAGAAUCUCCAGCAGGAGGUCUCUGCUGAAGCUCGCACAACCAACGACAAGAUGGAUGAAAUACAACUGGAAGCCCGGACUGCCUAUGAACAAGUGGCACAGCUGAGCGACACAAUGGCGAGAGGUGAACAAGAUACAACUGCAGCAUGUGAACGCAUAGUGGAAAUGCAAAACCAGACCAACACAACUGUCUGCCAACUACAGGAGCAAAGUGCUACAACCUCCACAAGCAUUGGACAACUACUGGAGCAAAGUGCUACAAGUACCACCAAUAUUGGUCAACUGCAACAGCACCAGCAAGACACUAGUGAUAAGCUUUCACGUGUUUCAGCAGCUGUUACCACCAUUCAACAAGGUGAACAAGAUACAGCUGCAGCAUGUGAACGCAUAGUGGAAAUGCAAAACCAGACCAACACAACUGUCCGCCAACUACAGGAGCAAAGUGCUACAACCUCCACAAGCAUUAGACAACUACUGGAGCACCAGCAAGACACUAGUGAUAAGGUUUCACGUGUCUCAGCAGCUGUUACCACCAUUCAACAAGGUGAACAAGAUACAACUGCAGCAUGUGAACGCAUAGUGGAAAUGCAAAACCAGACCAACACAACUGUCCGUCAACUACAGGAGCAAAGUGCUACAACCUCCACAAGCAUUGAACAACUACUGGAGCAGCAGCAAGACACUAGUGAUAAGGUUUCACGUGUCUCAGCAGCUGUUACCACCAUUCAACAAGUUCAAUCUGACAUGCGAAGUGACUUGGAUGGAAAAAUCGGUGAUGUGCAGUCUGCAGUUACUGCUGUAUCAGCUACCAUGGAAGGCCAGAUCAGGGUUGCUAUACAAAAUCACUAUAGGUCCAUCCACAAUAGCUGUACAUCAUUUGGUAGCAAGGGUAAUGGCAGGGUGCAGUUCGAGGAUCCAUUUGGCAUCACAAUCAGCAACGAUGGAAAGGUCUUUAUUGCUGAUUCUGGCAAUAAUCGGGUGAAGGUCACCACACUGGAUGGUACAUACAUACGUGAUAUAGGCAAACAGGGCAGUUGUAAUGCUGAAUUCAAGGACCCCACUGAUGUAACUGUGGAUGACGAUGGUGAUCUUGUGGUGGUUGACUAUAACAACAAGAGACUGCAGGUCUUACAUCAGGAUGGGUCUUACGUGAAAACGAUUGGUAACGGUACUAUCGGUACCUCGUAUGGUGUUGCAGCACUGUCUCUGCCCCAGCAUGGUAUUUGUUAUGCUGUAACCGAUCGCAAUGACGGUUGUGUGAGAGUGUUUGAGAAAGGAGGAAGGGAGUUGAACAAGUUUGGUACUAGAGGAAGUGGACCAGAACAGUUCAACUGGCCAUGGG